AUGGGCGCCUCCCUAACCCUUCUCUCCCACCAAAUCCACCGCGACGAAUACACACUCCUCCUCAUAAACCAACGGAUAACAUAUUAUGAGACCCUCCUCCCAGGAAACACCUACCCUUUCAAACCCACCGAAGUUCAACGAAAGAUAACUCGACUUCAAAGAAGGCGCGCCAGAAUGCUGUACGUGCUGGACAAGAACACGGUUCAAUAUCAUGAGAUCAAAGACACGAGGGGGCGGAAGAAGAGAGAGAAACAGGAAAACGAGUGGAAGAAAGCGGAAGAGAAGGAUGAUUGGUAUGCGCUUGGGAAAUUAAGGGUCAAGGAGUUGGCGAGGAGGAAUGCGGAAGGGAGGAUGGGUGGGGGUAGUGAUGGACGUGGAUUGCCGGUCUAUACGGGUUGA